GCAAUGCCGCGGGAGCCAGAACACCGUCUGGAGGCUCGGGACGACAGCCGAGGCACGGGAGGACAAACCCGGGGACGGCGGCACCGGGAGGCGGCUGGCAGGCGUUAACAGCUUCGCUCCCCCCCGCACCCCUCAUCCUGACCCCGCACCGAGGGUUGUUUUUCGACCCAAACUUUCUCUCUUCCGGAGCGACAGCGACACAACAAUGUUGUCUGAGGGAUUGACGGCUCCCGGUCCUUUGUGCCGACUGUGAGUGACAUUUGAACCCGGACAAUAGGCGACAGCGGCGGCGCUCACUAUGGUUUUGUCGGCGGUCCGCAGCAGGAGAUGUUUAUAUCGCUGCUGGAUGGGGACGCUGUGCCUUCAGUUGUUGCUGUGGAUUUUAUGUGCGGUGAACGGAGAGGAGCAGCCGUUCAGCGUGGAGGCAUGGCUCCAAAGGUAUGGCUACCUCCCCCCUGCAGACCCCAGAAUGUCAUUGCUGCGUUCGUCCCGAGUCAUGCAGUCUGCUAUCGCUGCCAUGCAGCGCCGCUACGGCCUCAAUGUCACAGGGACUCUGGACAGCACCAUCAUAGAGUGGAUGAAGAAGCCCAGAUGUGGCGUUCCUGACCAGAUGGCAGGUGUUACAAAAUUCAGCGUCAGGAAACGUCGAUACGCCCUCACGGGACAAAAGUGGCAACACAAACAUAUCACUUACAGCAUAAAGAACGUGACGCCCAAGGUGGGUGCGGAGGAGACCCACGAUGCCAUCCGACGAGCCUUCGACGUCUGGCAAAACGUGACGCCGCUGCGCUUCGAGGCCGUGCCCUACAGUGAGCUGGAGCGGACCAAGAGAGACGUGGACAUCACCAUCAUCUUUGCCUCAGGUUUCCAUGGCGACAGCUCGCCGUUCGACGGUGAAGGCGGAUUCCUGGCCCACGCCUACUUCCCCGGGCCGGGCAUCGGAGGCGACACGCACUUUGACUCGGAUGAGCCUUGGACACUAGGGAACCCCAACCAUGAUGGGAAUGACUUGUUCCUGGUGGCGGUCCAUGAACUUGGCCACGCGCUGGGACUGGAACACUCCAACGACCCCACGGCCAUCAUGGCUCCCUUCUACCAGUACAUGGACACUGAGAACUUCAAACUACCUAUGGACGACUUGCAGGGUAUCCAGAAGAUUUAUGGACCUCCUGAUAAGAUCCAACAGCCCACCAAGCCUUUGCCAACGGUGCCCCCUGCUCGCUCCCACCCGCCAUCGGACCCACGCAAACCAGACCGACAGACCAGACCUCCAAAGCUUCCGCCCGGGGAAAGACCAUCCCACCCAAAUGCCAAACCCAACAUCUGCGACGGAAGCUUCAACACCCUGGCCAUACUAAGGAGAGAGAUGUUUGUCUUUAAGGACCACUGGUUUUGGCGAGUCCGAGACAACGCUGUGAUGCCCGGGUACCCCAUGCUCAUCAGUGUGUUCUGGAGGGGUCUGCCGCCCAAGAUUGACGCGGUGUACGAGAACAGCGAAGGGAAGUUUGUUUUCUUCAAAGGGAAGCAGUUCUGGGUGUUUAAGGACACGGUGCUGCUGUCUGGCUACCCGAAGGACAUCAGCCAGUUCGGCCACGGCAUGCCGGCGCAGAGCAUCGACACGGCGGUGUGGUGGGAAGACGUGGCCAAGACCUACUUCUUCAAAGGGGACAGGUACUGGCGCUACAAUGAAGAAAUGAGAACCAUGGACCCGGGCUAUCCCAAAGCCGUCACUGUGUGGAGAGGUGUGCCUGAAUCGCCGCAGGGGGCCUUCGUCGAUAAAGCCAACGGCUUCACAUACUUCUACAAGGGAAAGGAGUACUGGAAGUUCAACAACCAGUUCCUCCGGGUGGAGCCGGGCUACCCGCGCUCCAUCCUCAAGGACUUCAUGGGCUGCGACCUGAUGCCGGUCAACCCGGCACGCCCGCCCUCCGGCGGCGACGACGACCUGGUGAUCGAGCUGGACGACCAGGCCAACACGGUGAUGGCGGUCGCCAUCGUCAUCCCCUGCGUGCUGGCGCUCUGCCUGCUGGUGCUGGUCUACACCGUGGUGCAGUUCAAGAGGAAAGGUACGCCGCGCCACAUACUUUACUGCAAACGUUCCAUGCAGGAAUGGGUGUGACCGCGGGCUCGUCUUU